UAUAAGCAUUUAAGCUUACCCAAAAUGUACAAAGAAGAAUAAUGGAAGCCCCUGAAUACCUUGAUUUGGAUGAAAUUGACUUCAGUGAUGACAUAUCUUAUUCAGUCACGUCGCUCAAGACCAUCCCCGAACUCUGCCGACGAUGUGAUUCCCAAAAUGAAGACAGACCAGUUUCUAGCUCUGGCUGGAGCUGUGGCGUCUCCACUCUCAUCACAAACACACAAAAGCCCACAGGAAUCGCUGACAUAUACAGCAAGUUCCGCCCUGUGAAGCGCGUGUCCCCGCUGAAACAUCAGCCCGAGACUCUGGAGAACACUGAAAACGAUGACCAAAAGAAUCACAAAGUAGAGCACCAGAAAGGGGGCGGCCCAGACCCGCCCGAGCAGCUCAGGCCCGAUGAUGGAGGAAGAGGCUUGCCGCCGGGCAAGGGUGCCGAUCCUGCCAGUGCCCCGGACGAGCUGGAGCAUUACGACCUGGACAUGGAUGAGAUUCUGGAUGUGCCUUACAUUAAGUCUACCCAACAGCUGGCCUCGUUUACCAAGGCGACUUCAGAAAAAAGAAUUCUGGGGUUGUGUACCACCAUCAAUGGUCUUCCUGGCAAAGCCUGCUCUACAGGAAGCAAUGAGAACUCACCGCCCAGCGCCGCGCCGCUCUGUGUCCUCUCUCCCGUGAAGAGCCCUCACCUGAGAAAAGCAUCUGCAGUGCUCUUGGAGAAACACAAGCCCUCCGUGGAGGAAUCUAGCAGCUCGCCUCCUCUGCCUCCAUGCGGCUCUGCCUGCGAGCCGGAAAGCCAGAGUAAAGACUUCUUAAACAAGUCCUUCAGCGACCCACCGGGCCGAAAAAUGGAAAAGACAAUGACAGACUGCCAGCUCAGGUCAUUUCACCUGCCGUCCUCCACCACAGAGCCCAGGCUGGAGGAGCAGGUCAACGGCCUGGCCUGGCCCAGCUCCCAAGGCUCUGAAGAAAAGACUGAGCACUUGAAAAAAGUCAAGAGCAUCCUGAACAUUGUAAAAGAAGGACAGAUAUCUCUCCUGCCACACCUCGCUGCAGACAAUCUAGACAAAAUUCACGAUGACAGUGGCAACAACCUGCUCCACAUCGCCGCGUCGCAGGGCCACGCGGAGUGCCUGCAGCACCUCACCUCUCUGAUGGGGGAAGACUGCCUGAGCGAACGCAACGCGGACGCGCUGACGCCGGCAGGCCUGGCCAUCAAGAAUGGUCAGUUGGAGUGUGUACGCUGGAUGGUGAGUGAAACAGAAGCCAUCGCAGAAUUAAGUUGUUCUAAGGAUUUCCCAAGCCUCAUUCAUUAUGCGGGUUGCUACGGCCAGGAGAAGAUUCUUCUGUGGCUUCUUCAGUUCAUGCAAGAGCAAGGCAUCUCACUGGACGAAGUGGACCAGGACGGGAACAGCGCGGUUCACGUGGCCUCUCAGCACGGCUACCUCGGGUGCAUACAGACGUUGGUUGAGUAUGGAGCAAAUGUCACCAUGCAGAACCACGCCGGGGAGAAGCCCUCCCAGAGUGCCGAGCGGCACGGGCACACCCUGUGUUCCCGGUACCUGGUGGUGGUGGAGACCUGCAUGUCACUAGCUUCGCAGGUGGUGAAGUUAACCAAGCAGCUCAAGGAGCAGACAGUGGAACGAGUUACACUACAGAAACAACUCCAACAGCUUCUAGAAGCCCAGAAAUCAGAGAGCAAAUCACUUCCUUCCACACCCAGCUCGCCCCCUUCACCAGCUUCCAGGACAGCCCAGUGGAAGGCUGCUGACGCUGACGAAGAGUCUCCAGCCAGAAGCAAGCCAGCAGUGCAAGAGGGAAUUCAGGUUCUCGGAGGCCUGUCCUCAGCGAGCCGGCCCAGACCCAAAGCAAAAGACGAAGACUCUGAUAAGAUCCUGCGGCAGCUGCUGGGGAAAGAAAUCUCAGAGAAUGUCUGCACCCAGGAGAAGCUGUCUUUGGAAUUCCAGGAUGCACAGGCCGCCUCUAAAAAUUCAAAAAAGAUCCCUGUAGAGAAGAGGGAAUUAAAGCUCGCCAGACUAAGGCAGCUGAUGCAGAGGUCACUGAGUGAGUCAGACACAGACUCCAACCACUCCGAGGACCCCAAGAACACCCCUGUGAGAAAGGGAGACAGGCCCCGGCCCCAGCCCAUUGUGGAGAGCGUGGAGAGCGUGGACAGUUCCGAAAGCCUGCACCUGAUGAUAAAGAAACACUCGGUGGCCUCAGGACGCCGGUUUCAUUUCAGCACCAAGGCCUCCAAAUCCCUGGACGGCCACAGCCCGUCUCCCACCUCCGAGAGCAGCGAGCCGGAUGUGGAAUCCCAGUGCCCAGCUGCGGGGAGGACUCCCCCUAGCCAGCCCUCUGGGGAGCACCCCCAGCCCAGUCCCGACAGCACUGCUGCCCAGAAAGUCGCCACGAGCCCCAAGAGCGCCCUCAAGUCUCCAUCCUCCAAACGCAGGACAUCUCAGAACUCGAAACUCAGGGUGACUUUUGAGGAGCCUCUGGUGCAGAUGGAGCAGACGAGCCCCGAACUAAAUGGAGAGAAAGAAAAGGAGUCGGGCAGGACCCUCCAGCGGAGCUCCGCGGCUGGUGAACCAGGGGAGCCACUGAAAAGGCCUUUUGGAACCUUCCGGUCCAUCAUGGAGACGUUGAGCGGCAACCAAAACAACAAUAACAACUAUCAGGCAGCCCACCAGCUGAAGACCUCCACGCUGCCCUUGCCCUCACUUGGAAGGAAGGCACCAGACGCCAAGGGAGACCCUGCGAGCAAUGCCAGCAAGGCAAAGAACAAGGCAGAGAUGUACGGCAGCUGCUUCAGUCUUUCUUCUAACAUGCUGGUUGAAGAGCAUCUGCGUAACUCUGCACGGCAUAAUGACACCUACAGAGAAAUGAAGAAAUCCAGAAGCAUAAAGCACAUUGCUGAGCCAGAGUCCAAAGAACUCUUCUUGUAAAUCACGUUCCUGAUGUCCUCACUGCUGCCCAUUGGACUUCACUGGACGACCCACUGUGGAAAUAGACCCAUGAGCACCACAUUCACCAGCAACACUUGUCAGGAUGCCUUAAAUGUAUAUAUCGUAUGAAACCAUAAUAAGAUCCAUUUGUGGGUGAUAUCUGUGUGUAUAUGUAUAUAUAUAUGGAUGGAUAUAUAUAUAUAUAUAUACACAUAUAUAUAUAACUUGGUUCCUGAAAGAUGCUGUUUAAGAGCAUGGUUGGGCAAAUGUAUGCUUUUAAAUAUUGGAUUGAUUCAAGCUAUGUGAAGGAUGUUUGCCAAACCACUGACGCCAUUUCUAUUCUGUCAGUUGCAUGAGUGUUUGCUAAUGGUGGUAGAACUUCUCUUUCCCCAGAACACAGGCAGCUUUGGCUCAGCUCUUCAGUGACACCAGGUCAGUGGUAUUGUCAAGAAUGUUUUUUCUGUCAUUUCUACUUUUUUGUAUAAGGGAAAUAAAAUGAUGUUAACAGCCACCUAUAAGCUCGGGGCACCUACUUUCUAAUAAAUGCAGGAUGUUCUGAUUUCUAAAGGGC